AUGCUCAUCCCAACCACCUCCGGAACCGCUGAAUACAACGUUCCCGGUCUCCCCUCCCCCUGCAAAACCUGGUACAAAAUCCACGGCUCCCUCACAUCCUCCACCCCACCCCUCAUCAUCCUGCACGGUGGCCCCGGCGCAACCCACGAAUACCUCCUCCCUCUAAUCGAUCUCGCCCCCUCCACCCCCCUCAUCUUCUAUGACCAAAUCGGAAACGGAUUCUCCACGCACCUCCCCUCAAGAGCCGGCGAUGAAGAAUUCUGGAGCAUAGAUCUCUUCAUCCACGAGCUCGAUAAUCUCAUUCUCCAUCUCAACCUACAAGAUCGUCCGAUCGAUAUUCUCGGACAUUCCUGGGGUGGUAUGCUCGCUGCGGAAUGGACCAUCAAAUCCUCCCAUGCUUCGCACCUUCGUCGAUUGAUCCUCUCGAACACUCUAGCGAGCAUCGAGACCUACCAGCUUGGGAUUUCGGUGCUCAAGAAAGCUCUCCCCGAAGAUGUGCAAAAGGUUCUAGAUCAUGCGGAUGAAACGCAGGAGUAUGAUACCCCGGAAUAUGAAGCUGCAGUUGAUGUUUUUUCGCAGAGGCACUUGAGUCUGGCGAGACCUUGGCCUCCGAAGGAAAUGAAAGCGGUGCAGAAGUGGAUUGCGGAGGAUCCGACGGUGUAUGGGACCAUGCUGGGUCCAAGCGAACUUGUCGUUUUGGGUAAUCUGCGUGAUUGGACGUGUAUUCCAGAUAUACAUAAAAUCAAAGUACCGACGCUCAUGAUUAAUGGUGUAGAAGAUGAAGCACAGGACGUGACGAUGAGACCAUUUUUUGAGCAUAUUGAGAAGGUCAAGUGGAUUGUUAUGGAGGGGGCGGCGCAUUUGUCUCAUGUUGAUCAGAGGGAGAAGUACAUGGGGCAUGUGAGGGAUUUCUUGAGUAAUGUUUGA